AUGCUGGCGCCGGGCGGGCCCAGCCCCGCGCAGACCUGCGGGGCCGUGGUGGUGGCCGCCGUGCUCCUGCAGUCCGUCUGCGUGGCCGUCACCUUCCUCUACUUCACCAGCGAGCUCAAACAGCUCCAGGACACGUACUCCAAGAGCGGCAUCGCUUGUCUCACCGGGGAAGAAAUCGGAAAUUCCAUCCAAAACUUGGAUGAAAUUGAAAGUGAAGACAGAGAAGCUGAUCCCUGCUGGCAAGUGAAGUGGCACCUGGGAAAGUUAAUUAAAAAGAUUAUGUCGAAAAGCUACGAGGAAAACAUAUCUGCAAUCAACGCUGAAAGAACUCUGGCACUGUCACACACCGACAGGCAGCAGCCACGUGGUCCCAUCCACGGGGCCGCGGCUCAUCUGACGGGCAGCAACAACAGGAGGAGUUCCCUGUUCACACGCUUAGAUUUCUUGCCCAGAAAAGGGUUCGGACAUAAAAUAAACUGGGAAUCGUCGAGGAAGACCCACUCUUUCCUUUACAAUGUGGAGCUGAGAAAUGGCGAGUUAGUGAUACCCCAGACGGGCUUUUAUUACAUCUACUCACAAAUUUACUUUCGCUUCCGUGAAGAUGAGAACGAGGAUUCAGAUUCGUUGGGACAAAUCAGGAACCCCAAACAGCUUGUCCAAUACAUUUACAGACUGACAAAUUACCCUGAGCCCAUUUUGCUCAUGAAAAGUGCAAGAACAAGCUGCUGGUCUAAGAAGGCGGAAUAUGGACUUUAUUCCACCUACCAAGGUGGUGUGUUUGAGCUGAAAAGACAGGACAGGAUUUUUGUCUCUGUCAGUAACAGCGACUUAGUUGACAUGGAGAAAGAAGCAAGUUUUUUUGGAGCCUUCAUGAUCGGCUAAAAGACGAAAAUCAUGCUUCCAAAGGACCCAAAUUCCCUAUUCAGGACCAGCUUAAAAUUCCUGUAAAAUAGGGGAUAAUAAGCAAAAACUGUAUCAAUACCAGCAGUAGCAGACUCCCCUUUCUCAGCUCACUCAUCGCGAGGUCCGAGCGUGCCGAGUUCUCCCCCACCAGCCGGGAAGAGCAGCAGCAGCUGGCUGUGGGUGGCACUGAUUUGUGCAGGCACAGGCACCACUACCCCACCAGGCUGGGGAUGUGAGAGGGUUUCACACCCCACAGAUGAUACCUUUGGCCACAACCCCAGGCAGGUAAGCACCCACCACCAGCAGAGAUGCUCCACACCAGCUCAGCUGCGGCAGGUGGGGUGGCGGAUGUUCCGGGUCCGCUUACUCAAGGGUGAGACAGGAUAUCAGAUUUUACUUGUGGUCUCCAUUGGGACCCUGUCUUGAAUAUCUCAGCUCCUGUAAGGAGCCUUUGUACAUACUGCUUCCCAAGUGCCCACGGAAUUUCUCUGCAAGUUUUUGUUUGAACACGAGUUUUACAGAAGUUAAAAGACGAUCAGAAAAUCAAGCUGCACAUCUUCAUCUCAUCUUACGAAACACUCGAGCUCCUAAUUAAUUUUAAGCACAUGAACAGCCUGACUAAGGGUAUCCACAUGCUUGAAAUUAAGUAUUUGCUUAAGUGGUUUUUUUAGGAUCGUUUCUUGAGUAAACACAUUAGUCUUGUCUUAUUUGCGAUAUUGUACAUAAAAACAGCUGCUGGAAUGGCAGAGAAGAGCUUUUGAAAUCAAUCUGUGUUUUGAUCAAUGUAUUAUAACAGUGCCUAUUUACUUAAUUACUGUGCUGCAAACAUUUCACCAGGCUUCCAGUAAGUUCAGUAAUAUAGUCGCUGUUACACUUCUUAACAGCAAGUACUUGAUCCAGAAAAAAAAGUGGGUUUUUUGUAAAUACUGAAUUCUAUGAGAAAUUUGCCACAAAUUAAGGAUGACGUGGUUCUUCCGUGUUUAUUUGUACUAGUCUUAUUUGGUAGGAUGUAAUGCAGAAUAACACACCCCAAUGACUAACAUUUUUAGGAAAACAGGCACAACUAUCCAUACUUAAACAAAUGCUGCUUUUUUAGGUAAUGCUGUUAUGUUUUGAUUUGAUUUUUUUUUUAGGAACGGGUGAAAUUUUUUCAUAGUUUUGUUAAAUAGUUUUUUUAAAAAUGGCCACUAUAUUUUUUAACUCUUCAAGAAGAACUAUUUUAUAUUAAGAAGAUUUGAAAGUUCAAGUUCUAUGGGCUGGAUUCACAGCAUAACUAGUGUAAUCAGCAUAUCUGCAGCAUUGUCACUGGAGCGACAGCGAUUUGCACCAUGAACACAUUUUGCCCAGAUUGAGAGAAAAAAGGGGGGAAGAGAAGGUACAAGUGAAAACAAAUAAAAUUGGAGGAAAAGGAAGACAGUUCUGCAAAUGCUACUUUACAUCAACAGAAUGAUGCCAGUAGACACUCUGGUUGUCUAUUUUGAAUGCACCAAGGUUGCCGUGGGAACCCUCACAUUCACCUGCACGUUCUGGUAAUCAAAUCCCCGAGCAGCCCCUGCACAUGGGCCUCACGAGUAAAGAUGCUCGUUCAUCUUACUACUCAGUCAACAAGAGGAAAUUAAUAGACACGAGCCCCUGCAUUUAUUUUGCCAUUCAGAAAAGAAGGUAUGUGGGUUGACUUAAAUACCUGUGUUGGAGCAGCAAGAGAGAGAAUUUCAGGAAUACCCUCCUUUAGACAGAUUAGGGCAAAGAAACACUCAGCUGUAAGCCUGAAAUAAAGAGUUGUAACUUUUGCCUGCUGGUUUAACAGUGUCUCACACACUGUUUUCAGUGGUAAUCAAAUAUGUGAAAUUCUUCACCAUUUACUGAAACACUUUGGUUUGCCUCCUUCUGAAAUCAUCUGUUUCGACAGAGAACAGAGAAUAUUUUUUGCAGUUUUCUUUCUGAUUUCAGUAUUUAAUUCAGGAAUUUUCUGCCUACCAGAAAAGGCUGGGAGAACAGAGCCAUUCCCUGCGUAGCUGUAUGUCUGCUGUCUUGGAGAAAUGACUUCUGUAGGUUGUCCUUGCAAGUGGACAGAGCCUUCCAAUCUCAGCACCGGACUGGCCCACGUUGUCAGGUUUGAGGUGGUUUUUUUAGAAAUUUACUAUAUUAAUAAUUUUUAAUUUUUUUUUUUAAAUAUUUUUUUAGCAACUUAUUUGAAUGAAAAUUUAUUUGCACUGUGAAAAAGUGCUGGUGGCAGCUUAGAGUCAGAAACCCUACCCAUGGCUAAGAACCAAUUUGUGUAAUGUGGAGUCGUGGCUGCUAAAAGGGACUGGAAGGAAUCCAUGGGGGACUCCACAAACCUACAGCUCAUGCUAAGACAAACUAUUACAAACAGAUUUUCUUGCUCUAUGUACUGUCCUUAACUCUCAAUUAACACUAUGCCCAUUGUCACUGGGGGAAUGCUCCCUGGCUUUACCUUUGUUUGUUACCUAAAUGUACAUAUUCGUGGUCUCUGCAUGCAGAGCAUAACACAACAGGAAAUACAGGUAAUCAUUUCUGAAUAAUCCAAAAGCAUGCUUGACAGAUAUUAUCUCGAUGGGUCGUUAUCAAGGAACAUAAGACAGGACACGCUUGAAGAAGAUGGGAAAAACAUAGUAAGUUCUGUUUCUAUCGUAUCCUGAGUCAUACCUUUCAUCUCAUUUUAUGUUGAAUAUCAAAUGUAGCAAAUUUUUAUUUGUGGAUGUGGGUUCCAUUAAUGUGUGAAUAUUGUAAAUUUUUCUAUAUACUUUUUAUAUAAAAUGUUUUUACUAAAUA